AUGGCGACGGUUAUCAUCGGCGCUGGCAUCGUCGGAGUGUCGACGGCGUACUAUUUGGCCGAGCACGACACCAGCAACGGCGGCAUCCACCUCGUCGAGACCGCAGACACCUUGUUCGCGUCCGCGUCGGGCUUCGCCGGCGGCUUUCUGGCCCGCGACUGGAUGGCCUCCGAUGCAGCCAGUCUGGCCGCCCUCUCGUUUGACCAGCACGCCGCACUGGCCGCACAGCACAACGGCGCCGCACGGUGGGGGUAUGCCCUGUCGACUGCGUUGAGCUAUCGUCUUCCUGGUGGCGCGAGUGGCGGGCGACGCGGCGAGGACUGGCUGCGGCAAGGGACGAGUCGGUCGACGGCCGCGCCGGCGCUGGCGGGCGCAGACAAGAGUGUGCCGGGCUGGCUGCGCCGGCAGGCGGGCGACCAUGUCGAGGUGCUGGCCGACGACGGCACGGCCGGCCAAGUGGAGCCGAAGCUGUUUUGCGAGUGCCUCUUGGAGCAGGGCCUGCGGCGCGGCGUGCAGCUGCACCAGCCGGCGCGUGCUGUGCGCGUGGGCAAGGACGACGCCGGCAAGCUGGCGUCGGUGACGAUCGAGCAGGACGGACAGGAGACGGUGCUGGCCUGCACGCGCCUCGUGCUUACGGCGGGCUGCUGGACACCGCACGUGUUUGCCGAGCUGUUCCCCGACGACGCGGCCCGGCGGCCGCUGCCGGUCCACAACUACGCCGGGCACUCGUUGGUGGUGCAGCCACAAGCCAAGGACCACACCGGCGCAAUGCCCUGCUUCGCCCUGUUCGCAGCCGGCGGUCCCAUGCAGUACUGCCCCGAAAUCUUUGGUCGUGCCAACGGCACGCUGUACCUGGCCGGCCUCAACUCGUCGACAAUCCCGCUGCCCGCAACAGCCACAGACUCCGUCCCGUCGCAGGACCAGCUGGAUGACCUGUUGGCGACGUGCAAGCGCAUCUUGGGCGAGGACGACGUGGAAGUGCUGCGAACAGGGCUGUGCCACCGCCCGGCGACGCCGUGGGGGGCACCACUGGUGCUGCGGUUGCUCGAUGAAGAACUGAAAGAAACGACAGUGGAGGACAGCAGGACCGGUGGCAACGGUGGCGUGUUUGCGUCGGCAGGUCACGGGCCCUGGGGCAUCAGCAUGGGUCCCGGUACGGGUAUGGUUCUGGCAGAGAUGGUGCAGGGUCGGCCUCUGAGUGCGGACGUGAGUGGACUCGGUUUUCAUUAG